AUGUUGCAAAUUCCAUCUCUCGGCAUGCUGCGACGUAAGAUGCGCUCAGUAACUCUUGAUACGAAAUGUACGUUAGACAACUGCACUGAGUGUUCGUCUUCACCCACAACAACUGAUGCUCGGGCUGGAGGGUCGCUGCAACGGGAAAGCCAAGCUCUUUGCACAAAGGAGGCUUCCACCCGCUACGCUAAAAUUUUAUCCUUGCCUGCACUCUACAACCUCUGUGGUCGACGCCAGGAUGGAUUUGUCAAUGAGAUAUUCACGGUGUUUUCGGAUCAAUAUGAUUGGUUUGAUCGUUUCCCAUAUUUCGCCUUACUCCUGCACAAACAGCAGACACCAUUCCCGUUCUCCGAUGCAGAUAAUAUAGGAAAAAAUCAUCGCAGGGCUCGCAAUGAGCCUCAAAGUCAUCUGUGGAGAAAAUCUGGCUCAGCGAGCCGAGCUUACGCAGCUUUAAGCGCAACAGUCGGAGUGACCUUCAACGAGGGCGCUUCAGACUAUAUCGUGUGCUUCGAUCGCCUCGAUUUAUCGCAAGCCACCUUACACACUACAGCAAAGCCCUCAUACAUGAGCCUACAGAUCCAUCAAAGAGCGCAACGUGCGCCGAAAGAACUGCUUAGUGACUCCGCUUCUCAGGAGUACCGCUUACGAAUGGAUCAGCUGCGAUUCUGGAAACAGUAUUUUUCUUAA